GUGCACUCGCCACCGCGUUCGCCUCUAGGGCGGCCGCCCGCGGAAAUUCGAAAUGGCGGACGGGGUUCGGGUGGGUCGAGUUAUGGAGCUGGAGGCCAUGGCGCCAGGGAACGCUGAUUGGGCAGCCGAGGAGGAGCGGGCGCCUCUGGAGAAAGGUAUGUUCCAAGUUGAAGAUUCAUGCAGUGAUUGUAGCUGUCAUGAUAAGCCAGACAAUAGCUUACAGAAUUUUGUGCCAGAAGGAAAAUCUCCUAUCCCAGAAAUUUUCCAAACAAGUCAACUUUUGUUCUAUGAACGAUUCAGAGCCUAUCAAGAUUACAUUUUAUCUGAUUGCAAGGCCUCAGAAGUCAGAGAAUUCAUAGCUGAAUUCUUGGAGAAGGUCCUUGAACCAUCUGGAUGGCAGGCAGUCUGGCACACUAAUGUAUUUGAGGUGUUGGUUGAGGUUACAGAUGUCGACUUUUCAGCCUUGAAGGCGGUGGUGAAGCUUGCUGAGCCCUAUGCCUGUGAAUCUGAAGUGAACACUUUUACCUUGGAAUGUAUGAAAGAGCUCCUCGAACUAAAGGAAUACCAGUUACCUCUACAAGAGUUGUGGGUUGUGUUUGAUGACUCUGGAGUGUUUGACCAGACAGCACUUGCAAUUGAGCAUGUCAGGUUUUUCUACCAGUACAUUUGGAGGAGUUGGGAUGAAGAGGAAGACGAUGAAUAUGAUUAUUUUGUCAGAUGUGUUGAACCUCGAUUGAGACUGCAUUAUGACAUUCUUGAAGACCGAGUUCCUUCAGGACUUAUUGUUGACUACCGCAAUUUAUUGACUCAGUGUGAAGAAAGUUACAGGAAAUUUUUAAACCUAAGGAGCAGUUUGUCAACUUGUAAUUCGGGUUCUGAGCAGGAAAAUAUCUCCAUGGUGGAAGGAUUAAAAUUGUAUUCAGAGAUUGAACAGUUGAAACAAAAGCUAAAACUCAUUGAGAAUCCUUUGUUGAGGUAUGUUUUUGGUUAUCAGAAGAACUCUAAUAUCCAAGCAAAAGGUAUCCGUCCGAAUGGCCAGAGGAUCACCCAUGUAGUCUCUCCUACCAUGAUGUCUGGUUUACUGCGAUCUCUGCUCAGGGACAAGCUUUGUGAGGAACCUUUUAAAGAAGAUGUCGAAAUUCAGUUCCAUAGUGAUCCAUUGUCUGCUGUAAAUGCCUGCUAUGAAGGCGACACUGUUAUUGUUUGUCCUGGCCAUUAUAUGGUACAUGGCACAUUCUCCAUUGCUGACUCCAUUGAGUUGGAAGGAUAUGGACUACCAGAUGAUAUUGUAAUAGAAAAGAAGGGUAAAGGAGACACUUUUGUGGAUUGCACAGGUGUGGAUAUUAAAAUUUCAAGCAUAAAAUUUGUUCAGCAUGAUGCUGUAGAAGGAAUCUUAAUUAUUCACCGUGGCAAGACUACAGUAGAAAACUGUGUGCUGCAGUGUGAAACCACAGGAGUCACAGUACGAACAUCAGCAGAAUUUCUAAUGAAGAAUUCAGAUUUAUAUGGUGCCAAGGGGGCUGGUUUAGAAAUAUAUCCUGGGAGUAAAUGUAUCCUGAAUGACAGUGGGAUCCAUCACUGCAAGGAGGGGAUCCUUAUUAAGGAUUUCUUAGAUGAGCAUUAUGAUAUUCCCAAAAUAUCCAUGGUAAAUAAUGUCAUACAUAAUAAUGAAGGUUAUGGUAUUGUUUUGGUGAAACCUACAAUUUUCUCUGAUCUGAAAGAAAAUGAUCAAGAUAAAACUGAAGAAAGUGAAGCAGUUAAGACCCAAACAAGUGGAGAGGCAGAUGCAGCUGGAAGAAUGGAUCUAGAGGAGCUGAUUCACUGUGCAACUGACAAGACAGAGAUUUAUGAGAGAGCUGCUGAUCUUUCUAAACAAGUUGAGGGAAAUUGUGAAAUUAUAAAUGAACUAGUUGUUGCCUCCACCCUAAAAGGCCACGUGAAGAAGAAACGGUUGAGUGAACUGGGGAUCACACAAGCUGAUGACAACUUAAUGUCACAGGAAAUGUUUGUUGCAUUUGUGGGAAACCAGUUUAAGUGGAAUGGGAAAGGGAGUUUUGGCACAUUUCUUUUCUGACCACAGUGAUGUAAAUAGCUAACAAAAUGUUCAGUUUUGCACAUGCUGCUCAUAUAGUUUGCUUUAUGUCAUAUUUGAUAUACGUGGUUGAGCUUGAGUGAAAUGUAGAUUUAUUUUUACCUGCAAGUAUUGCACGUAAAGCAUUCUUUAUAGCAAAGAUCAUAUAUGUAAAAUAGAAAACAAUUGGAGAUUUUUGAUCUAGAAUAUAUUUCUUAAUAUAUAUAUAUAUCUCAUAUGAAGCCUGUUAAUAACUUUCUAGUGUAAAUAUACUUUACCCCCAGAACUUAAGAGUAAUUUUGUCAUCAAGGUGCAGAAGCAUGGGUCUGUCAGAUCAUAUUUAUUCUUCAGAAUGUUUCUAUUGAUUAAAAAUUAAUUUUUAUGAAUUUUAUUAUGUGAAAUAAUGAGUACUUGGUAGGAAAAUAAUCACAAAAGCACAGUAUUGAAUUUUUAAUAUUGAAUGUUUAUAAAACAUCAAUAUUUUUAACAUCAACUUGUGGUUUACAAAAUCUUAAAAAAAACCAAUUUCUUAUAUGAAUUAUAAUAACACCAAUAGCACUUUACAAAACAAAAUCUUGCCUUCAGUUAUCACACCUGAGGCAGUCUGUACACAUGACAAUUGCACAUUUGAUACACACGUAUUACUUACACUGACAGCACAUGUGUUUUGCUUUCCUAGGCUUUUUAUAGGAUAUUCUUGCUGGUCUUGUUUUGUCAGGAGGUUCUUACAUUUUAAGUAUAUAGAUAACAAGAACACAAAAUAUCAAUAAAGUUAAAUUCUUAAUAUGUGUUGUGCCUUUAGAAUAGUCAACAUUUUCAUUAGCUGUGUACUUGCUUAGAAAACUUAAAAGAUAACAUCAAAAAUAAAUUUCUAUAUGAACUGUAAUGAAAUACAAAUACACUGAGGCAGGAAAAUUGCUGAGUUCAAGGCCAGCUUGGGAUACAAAAUAAGGUAAAGGCCAGUCUAAACUGCACAUGAAACCCUGUCUACAAAAAAAAAAAAAAAAUAGACUGCUACAACAAAAUUAAGCUUUGCUUCAACUGGCACACUCAAAGCAGUUUUCACACACGACAACUGUAUGCUGCAUGUUCUCGAUUUCACUGAUCGCAUGUGUGCCUACAUAUCCUUAUGUGGCGGUCUUAUCUCUUUCUUGUAUGUCAGAAGCGUUCUACUAUUUGUACAACAUAUACUUAAGGAAAUAAGAUAUCAAUAAAAUCAAAUAUGUAAUGAGAA